GAAACCUAUUGAGACAAGUGUGAAAAAAUACCAUCAAAACAAACAUACAAACGACCCCCUCCCCUUCCAAGAGUCUGCGUGCCGCUGUAGACAGCGCGUGAUAUAUGUAUACUGUUUGUGCCAAUUCUCUGUCUGUCUGCUUCACUUAUGUAUAGAGUUUUUACAAUGCCAAUCUCCUCAACAUAUUUCUAAUAUAACAUUGUCUAUGAUAGUUUAUGUUAGGGAAUAGGUUUGUACAGUUCGCCAGACCUGCCGGCUUAGACCCUCAGUAGCUAAUCGAUUUCAACAAGUAUAUAUGCAAGUUCAUGUUGUGAACGCCACACACCCUCCUUACAAAGGUGAAGUCCUCUUUUGCAUCUUCACGGCGCUCGCACGCGCCCCCAUUCCUCACCCCCAUGUGACCAGUCAUCUGUAUCUACAUCUAACCAAGUAUUGUGGAUAUGUAAGCCCCGGAAUGUCCCUCCCGUUAGAUCUCGUGAGAUACAAUGCGGGAUUUAUAACCGUUGUGACACAUGCUAGCCGGCUAUAGACGGCGUACACAGACUUACAAGCGCAGAGAUCGAUAGGCUUGUUUUCCACUUGAGCCCUCGGACAGGGUUAUAUAGUUACAGGGACCGACUCCUCUACUCCAGUAAACUUCAGAAAAAUGUGUACACGUCGGACAGUGUUGCCGUACGGAGGGGCCCAUAGCCCCUAUCGGGUGACUUGGAUAAGAGGGCUCGCAUCCUUUUGUGAUGCGCUGGGUUUGUUCUAAAUCCGGCAUUGUGAAGUGUUAGAUACAUCCCUUUAUCUGCGUUCUAACGACUCGGUAGAUUAUAUGGCUGAUUACCGAUACUUCAAAUUGUGAUGAUAACCGAUAAUGAUGUCAUUUCAAGGCAGGGACUGUCAAAGGUUCGCCAUUCCGUGUGGGGACACUGAAGAGUUCGGAGAUACCUCUGGCCUAGCCCUUGCCCUUUAUACCUGUUGGGAGUACCUCGAAUCCUACACGUCCGGGAAAUGUUCCCGUGAUUUCUAAUGGCGACCCUAACAGGAAGUGGUUACAUCGCUUCCGUCAUGGCGGUAUUUUUGUACGUCGCCAUGGCGUGUUUAUUUGUUUGUAAUGCUGCGGACACUACUGAAGGGACACCGGAAAAUGUGUGUGAGUGCAUAAAAGCAACAACGUUUGGGGGUUUUCAAUGUAACUGCCGGAGGAGAAACCUGACAACCGUACCUCAGCAUUUACCGACCGACACCCGGGAACUAGACCUGAGAAUGAAUAACAUAUCCACUCUUCCUGACUAUGUCUUUGAAAGAUAUACGUACCUAGAAGAUCUCCGUCUUACCAGCAACGUUCUCGUGGAUAUGUCCGACAACGCUUUGCAUGGCCUUCACCGACUCAAAUCCCUACACCUAGAUGGGAACAAAUUGGAAAUUGUACCAAAGGCCUUCAAAACGCUUCAAAACCUGUUGCUGCUACAUCUGGACGCCAAUCACAUCAAACAAGUGCCUGCUGAGAGCUUCAGAAAUCUAAGACGGCUAAAGUCCUUGCAUUUUGAAGCUAAUUCUCUGACGUCAUUUCCGACGGAUGCUUUUCAAUACCUUGCGGCUCUGGAAGCCUUAGAUUUAUCCGUCAACAAAAUAGAACGAAUCCCGGAUUACGCAUUCAGCAACUUGACAAAUCUGGUUUUGCUACGAAUGGCAGACAAUCAGCUUGCUGAGAUCGAAGACUACGCAUUCCAAGGAUUAAAUGUCCUAACCGAAUUGGUAAUGAACAGGAAUAAACUGAAGCAUAUUCCACCGGCCUUUGCAGCCUUACCUGACCUUGAAACAGUACAAAUAGAGGAUAAUAAUAUUCAAUACAUUCCUGACUACGCCUUUUCCGGUAACAACCGAAUCCGCAUGCUAGUACUCAAAGAUAACCCUAUCGUGUCUUACGGAAAACGGGCUUUCACCAAUCUACCAUUGAAGAACCUACAUUUAUCAGAGGCAAGAGAUAUGACGGAAUUCCCUGAUCUGUCUGGCGCAACUCAGCUGGAGACUCUGAAACUAGACAGAUCCGCCAUUACUGAGAUUCCUGCUAACUUCUGUGAUUUCCAUCCUGAUAUCAAGGAACUAAAUGUGCAUUCCAAUAAUAUCAAGAAAAUACCAGAUCUGACACGUUGCCGAAUGUUGGAGCUUUUGAAUUUGGGAAACAACGAUGUAUCAUCUCUAGAUGAAAAUGUGUUCGCCAACCUGACACAUCUAAAGGAUCUUAUUUUAACACGUAAUAUCAUCACAUACAUCCCCCGGAAUGCAUUCUGUGGACUCGUCAAACUUGACUAUCUGGAUUUGUCAAAAAACAAAAUUGGUGAAAUACACGACGAUGCGUUCAUCGACUUAAUCGCUCUGACAGACUUAAACUUAAGUGAAAACGAUUUCCCACGCCUACCAAUUGAUGGACUACAGAACCUGCAAGUGCUGAAGACGUUCCAUAACACGAACCUCAGGGAGGCUGUUCCUUCUAAUAGACUACCAAAGAUCAAAAUACUUGUUUUGUCGUACGCCUACCAUUGUUGUGACUUCAUAUAUGCUGGUCGAAAGGACGAACACGAUACUAGACUAAAGGAGGAUGUUACAUGGUUAGCGGUCUCUUCAGAUAAUCGAACGUACGACGACUACACGGACGACAAUUACAACUUUGAUCACUAUACAAGCUUUAUCGGUCCACAUGUCAUCGGUAACAUCACCCCGUCGGACAUCGAUGAGUACGAUAGUUUGGAGGCCCUAAUUCACGUGAGGAAACCCGUGAACUGUACACCAUUGCCAGGCCCAUUCCUGCCCUGUGAUGAUCUGUUCGGUUGGUGGUCUCUUCGGUGCGGUGUAUGGAUGGUCUUCCUUUUAGCAGUUGCGGGGAAUGGUAUAGUACUGUUCGUGUCAAUCAGCGGUAGAUCCAAGAUGGAGGUUCCAAGAUUCCUCAUAUGUAAUCUUGCUUGUGCGGAUUUCUGUAUGGGCGUGUAUCUCGGCAUGUUAGCCAUCGUGGACGCCUCAACAAUAGGCGAGUUCCAGCAGUACGCUAUCCGCUGGCAGAUGAGUCCUGGAUGCCUAGUGGCGGGUUUUCUCGGCGUGUUCUCCAGUGAGCUGAGUGUGUUUACCUUGACAGUGAUUACCGUGGAACGUUACUAUGCCAUUUCACACGCUCUCCAGUUCAAUAAGCGACUAACACUCAAAUCUGCAGGAGUUGUAAUGACGGGAGGAUGGAUUUUCUGCAUAGGUGUUGCCAGUCUGCCGCUAUUCGAAAUCAGCGACUAUCGAAAAUUUGCAAUAUGUCUUCCUUUUGAAACAAGUGAAAGAGAGUCGUUAGCCUACGUCUGUUUCAUAAUGAUAUUCAACGCCGUGUCAUUCAUCGCUAUCAUAGCCUGCUACAUCAAAAUCUAUAUCUCCAUUUUGGGCUCCCAAGCGUGGAACACAAAGGACUUCCGAGUAGCCAAGCGAAUGGCCAUUCUAAUCUUCACAGACUUUCUCUGUUGGUCGCCUAUCAUACUGUUCUCAGCAACAGCUGCCUUCGGGUAUGAACUGAUAAGCCUAAACGAGGCUAAAAUAUUAACUAUAUUCGUCUUGCCGCUCAACAGCUGUGCUAAUCCUUUCCUGUAUGCAAUAUUCACAAAACAAUUUAAACGAGACUGUGUCAAAUUAUGCAAACGGAUUGAAGAAUCGUCCAUAUCAAGAAGUCUUUCCAGCCUGAAUAGUAGGCGUGUAUCAAUAGGCUGUGGGUCGUCAUGGAGACACUUACAGCUGCACAGUCCGAUGAGUACGGAAAAGCGAAGCAGUUGUAGCAAUUCUUACAGCGGUGUUAGUAGCCCGGAUGGACUUCUCAACCCACAUGGUAUCGAUGGAAAAUACUUCCGGAAACAAUCCGGCGACAGUUUACUGGGUGGUAUGUCCAUAUCAAGCGAGGACAAAGUCACGUCCACCGCGAGAUUAUUCAUGCGCCGUGAUUCUUCGCCUUGUAAAGAUGCGAUAGAAAACAUGGACGGCGGAGACCAGAAAAGGCGACUUUCAGUCGGAUUAGCGGGAUCAGAAUCACAAAUAGUCAUUCACUUUGACCGGAAGGAUGUGAAAAGUGGAUCAGAUGAUUCAACACUGGGUGACGAGCCACGAGCUAGCUAUAAAAAGAGGUACACACGGCGCCGUCCCAGUGCGACCCGUGGGACGUCUGCUACUGGUGGAGACGGGCUCGAUAUCGAGACGGUGCUUGAAAGUGCGCGGGAAUGUGAUAUGGAACACUCAUUUCAAAGGGAGGAUACUGUGAAGAAGGAUAUAACUGCUCAAGAAUUGUUUGCUAAAUACCGCCAAAACAAAGAAAAACUCAGAAAUGCAGUCACGGAUAUAGAUACAGGGAAACUUCAGCAUGGUAAUUCUGCACCAAAUGUACAGAGUUUUGAAACAAAACCAAUUUUACGGCUUCCGGUACAAAGUGAUUCACAUGACAAAACAUCACACAUCAAUGAAUGGAGAAAGUCAUCCCACCUAUCAUUUCUUUGGCGUAACUCGUUAGAUCUAGAGGGACAUAUGCCCUCUUAUAAAUCAAACAGCCUAAUUGAGUUACCGUGUUCACCAAAAGACUUCAGAUUAUCUCCGUGCAAACGUCGAAGUUUGUCCUCUCGACAUGAGGGUUACAUACUGCUGAAAAACAACAAUAGAGAUUCGGCCUACGAGGACGAAGAUGAGAUGCUGGAAUACCAGGAAAGCAUUGCUCAGUCUGGAAAACAGUGUCGACAGCUCAGUGCAAUGUCUUACGUCAGCAACGCUCACGCGGAUGACCGGCAAUCUGGUGACGUCAGGGAAACCACUUUGGACGAGAAGCAUAGUGUUAUGAGUCAGACUAGUCAGAACAGUAAGGAAAGUGGCAUCAGCUCCGAGACCUGUUGUCAUGACAACAAGGACAAACUUGUAAAACACAGCGUAUCAACAGAAGAAAGAAAAGUUGUGACGUAGAAAUUUAUUUCGGGAGACAUUACAAUGAUAACAUGUGAAACAACGAGUUGAAUUAUGUAACCAGAUGAUUGCGUCCAAAAUGAUCGUGUUUUAUAUGAUCAUGAAUGGACAUCUUGAUACUUUUUGAGUGUUGUUUAUAUACUUUAUUGUUUGGUGAAGAGUAAUGUAGCCACGUAAAGAUUGGACUGUUAUGUAAAUGUAAGCAAGCUGACAAAUCUGCCCGUGCCUUGUGUAAUAGUCUUGCUUUUAUUUAGAAAACGCUCAACUCUAGAUCCUUCAGCCAGCAGCUUUAAUUGUCUUUCAAUACAUUACCUACAACAUAAAAUACAAUGUUACAAUACGUACAUUAACACGUUACUUUCGAACGUAACCAAUUUAAUUUCUUAUUUCAGGGUAUGUGUUAAAAGAGCGCCAACACUUCUGGACAAUUCCCAGUAGUUCAAUAAAAGCGAUUUAGUAUUACAAAUGUUUCAUAAAAACAAGGGAAAAUGUGUUCCCGCCUAUUAGCAAUAUUACAAAUGUUUCAUAAACACAAGGGAAAAUGUGUUCCCGCCAAUUAGCAGUAUUACAAUCAUUCGUAUCAUGCAUCUCUUGUUUUAAAUUGAAAUGAUUUAGUAGCAUACUGUAAACAUAUUCAUUUUAGCGGACUCAAAUUUCAGCACAAUGCGAAUUUUAACAAAUAAGCUUCGAUACAUUGACAUACCCACAAUAUCUGUAUGGAAAACAAUAUACGGAUAUUUCAGUUACUGUAGCGCAAUCAUAAUCUAGCUCAAUAUAUAAAGAGAGAAAAGCGCAAAAAUAAGAUAACCGCAAAAAGAUAUACGUAAAGCAAUGCCAUUUAGUUAAAAAUAACAUGGUCAGUUAAGAAAAUUAUUUCAUGAAAAUUUACGACACCUAAAGUCGGGCUAUGCGUAAGUUAAAAACAGGUUUUACUAGAGGUAGAUACUGGAAAAUACACAUAGCAAGUUAUAUUGUUCAAUGUGCUAUGUAUAUUUUCCACAGAAUCUACCGCUUGUAAAACCUGCUUAUCUUCUGUUCAUUAAAUAUAUAAUUAUGUAAUAUAUGUAAAUACCAUUUUAAUUAAUCUAAUUAAUUACAAUUCUCUAUAUUUAUUUGUCUCCAUAAUAUGGUAUUAAUUCGAAAAAUGAUUCCUGAUAAUUUUACACUUGCCUUGUUUUUCGUAUCUGUGUUAUUUAUCAAAGAACGUAACUACUAGCCGAUUUAUUGACCAAGCGCACGCUUCAAAAAUAAUCUUUGAACAUUUUUUACAAAUUAAUUACAGGGUCAACAGCAGAUUAUAUCAAAUUGUUCACUGAACAAUUCGUAAUAGCCCUUUGGGGUGCCUAAACUAUUUUUUACAUUUUUGUUCUAGUAGAAUGGAACAUAUUCAUAGUUUCAAUACAGAAGGGUAAAUCAACAUUCUCAGUCCAAAAUCCAGAAACGUAGCUAGAACAGAGUAGACAUUAAAACAAAAGACUCCAAUAACCUCACAAAGAAAAAAUCGAAAUUAUGUGCCCCGUCAGUGCAAGCAUUCCCUGUACCGAAUGUGGCAUUCUCCGCAAGUUUUCCGUCAAAUAUCCCUGCAAUGAUACAGUACAAGAAGUUAUAUAAGAAAAAGAAAAAUAAGAAAAACACUACAUGUGCAUUGCUUGUAUGACAAAAUUACAGAAAUGUGUAUUUAGGUCUUUUAUAAAUGGUGCAUAAAUAUGAAAAAAAAUACAAUAUCUUUUUCAUAUAUAUAAAAACAUACAUAUAUUUCGA